AUGGCCUCCACAACAAUUGCGCGGGCACUCACAAUCGGCAUCCUGCUGUCAUGCGCCGCCUUUGGCGCGUACGGGACCUUCGGAGCCGGCGUCGGAAAUGGCCUGUUCGAGGCUCUGCAGCGCUCCGCCGGGUACGAGGCCAAAGAAAAGGGCUUUCUGGGUGGCCCGACUCCGUAUAAGACGACCUACACUGGUAUCAGGUUAAUUGACAACCAUUUGGUCGUCCUUAACGCAUUCUUCGUGCUCAUAAUCGACGGUCCUAAGACAUGGGACGUGACGAUCGCGUACUGGUGCCUCAUGGCUGAAUUCUGUGCUGCUUGGGUGUUCAUCAGGAUCGAGGGACACAGGAGUGCCAAUCAGCACGGACGCAUUGUGAACUGGACUGGGACUUUCGGCGUCCUCAUCCAAAACAUCACCUUCACCGUCACCACGCCCAUCUACUUCAUCAUCUACCUCCUCACAUCCCCUGCCGCCCGCAGCAACCCAACACCAGACGACCUCGCCGUCAACUACGGCGACACCGAGCUCCUCCCCCACCGCACAGCCCUCUCCUUCAUCAUCCCCGCGGCGCUGAUGAGCCUACCCUCGCCGUCGGUCCUCUCCGCAGGGGCCCACUACACCUGGCUGUCGAUCUGGCAAAUCUUCCCCGUCGCCCACACGUUCUACCAUUUCCUGCACUGGUUCGGCUACGGGCUCCUCGUCCAGGUCGCCCUGCCUGGCGACAUCUUGGAGUCGAAGAGAAAGGACCGGGACGCCCUCAUCCGCGCGCAGCGCUUCGCACUCUACCUCUGCUCCAUCCCGCGCGCACUCGCUAUGGCUGUCGCCCUCACGCCCGCCGCCCUGGCGCCCGAGGCGCUCAGGCCCGUCUUCGAGCAGGUCACCCUGGGGUCGCUGCUUGUGCCCUACUGGCCGUGGAACUCCCCCGUCGGCGGCGACCCGGCCUCACCCGCCGGCAAGGCCGAGCUGGCCAAGCUGUUCCUGCAGUGGGAUGUGGCCUGCGGCGGGCUCGCCAUCCUGGCGUGGGCCAGCUUUGUCUAUCUCGUGGCCGUGCCGAACAAGGGGCUCCUGCGGGAUGUGGUGCCCAAGGUGUUGACCUAUGGGCUGGUCGGGGGCCCGGUGGCUGCCGCUACUGUGCUUGUUAUGGAGAGGGAUACGGCUGUUUUGGGGCCGUCUGCUAAGGGGAAGAAGGAGUAG